CCCCCCCCCCCCCCCUCACCGGGGCGAGGAUCGUGGACUAGAGGCGCGUGACGUCAUCAUGCCAGGUAGAGAGUGAGGGGCGGCUCGGGCGUCGAGGUGGAGGGCAGUAACGCUGCGGGUGCGUGCUAGAGGUGGCGUCUUCAUCCGCGGCGAACACCUUUCGGGCUCGGAGGGCUCUCGGACGCGCGGACGAUGAUGGACGGCGGGCCGCCACCGCUCGCGCUGCCGCUGGUGGUUCUCCUCGCCAUUGCGGGAGGCGGCCUCGGGGCAGACACGGAGGAGCGCUUGGUGGAGCAUCUCCUCAACCCGGCCCACUACAACAAGCUCAUCCGACCCGCCACCAACGACUCGGAGCUGGUGACCGUGCAGCUGAUGGUGUCGCUGGCCCAGCUCAUCAGCGUGCAUGAACGGGAGCAGGUGAUGACCACCAACGUGUGGCUCACGCAGGAGUGGCAGGACUACCGUCUGACCUGGGUCCCCGAGGAGUUCGACGGGAUGCUGAAGGUGCGGCUGCCCUCCAAGCACAUCUGGCUCCCUGACGUGGUGCUCUACAACAACGCUGACGGCGUGUACGAGGUCUCCUUCUACUCCAACGCCGUGGUCUCCUACGACGGCAGCAUCUUCUGGCUGCCCCCCGCCAUCUACAAGUCGGCCUGCAAGAUCGAGGUCAAGCACUUCCCUUUCGACCAGCAGAACUGCACGCUGCGCUUCCGCUCCUGGACCUACGACCGCACCGAGGUGGACCUGGUGCUGCGCGCCGACGUGGCCAGCAUGGACGACUUCACGCCCAGCGGCGAGUGGGACAUCAUCGCCCUGCCGGGCCGGCGCAACGAGAACCCCACCGACCCCACCUACGUGGACAUCACGUACGACUUCAUCAUCCGCAGGAAGCCGCUGUUCUACACCAUCAACCUCAUCAUCCCGUGCGUGCUCAUCACCUCGCUGGCCAUCCUGGUCUUCUACCUGCCGUCCGACUGCGGCGAGAAGAUGACGCUGUGCAUCUCGGUGCUGCUGGCGCUCACCGUCUUCCUGCUGCUGAUCUCCAAGAUCGUGCCGCCCACCUCGCUGGACGUGCCGCUGGUGGGGAAGUACCUGAUGUUCACCAUGGUCCUGGUCACCUUCUCCAUCGUCACCAGCGUGUGCGUGCUCAACGUGCACCACCGCUCGCCCACCACGCACACCAUGCCGCCGUGGGUCAAGCUGGUGUUCCUCAACAAGCUGCCCGCGCUGCUCUUCAUGCGCCAGCCGCGCAACAGCUGCGAGCGCCAGCGGCUGCGGCAGCGGCGGCGGGUGCAGGAGCAGAAGGAGGGCGGGCGCGGCGGCGAGGCGGGGGCCCUGAUGGUGGGCCUGGGCCUGGCCGGCGCCGGCGGGAACGGAGGGGGGGCCUCGGCGGGCGUGUUCGGCAAGGACGAGGGCGACCCCUGCACCUGCUACGUCAACCGGGCGUCGGUGAAGCAGUUCGGGGGGGACCUGGGAGCCGGAGGGUCCAUGGACGGCAUCAACAGGGUGAGGGAGGGAGGGGGCCCGGCCAACCUGCCCAGGGGGAAGCAGGCGGCGGGGGGGCCCGCUCUGACCCAGGCCCUGCUGGCUCAGGCCUGCCCGGGCUUCGAGGAGGCCGUGGAGGGCGUGCGCUUCAUCGCCAACCACAUGAAGAGCGAGGACGACGACCAAAGCGUCAGCGAGGACUGGAAGUACGUUGCCAUGGUGAUCGACCGCCUCUUCCUGUGGAUCUUCGUGUUCGUGUGCGUGUUCGGCACCAUGGGCAUGUUCCUGCAGCCGCUGUUCCAGAACUACACGGCCAAGACCAUCAGCCACUCGCCGGGCUGAGCGCCGCUCCGCCGCGCGCGCCCUGACACGCAGCUCCCCGCGACCGAUCGGCACGGCGGCACGAGGGGCGGACGAGCGGGAGCUGGCUCGGGUUUUGUUGUGUCUGCGAACUGGAACCAGAACUGGAACUCAACAGCAAUCACGUCCAUUAUCUUUAUAGUAAAGUUUUUUGAAAUGAACAACAGACUUUCUUGUAUGAAGAGAAAGGGAAACCACCAUCAUACUGUCCUGCAUCCUCUUUUUUUUUGUCCAAGCGUUUAAUGGACUGACCCCCCCCCCCUUCUGUUGGAAAGGCCACUUCCUCCUCACCCCUUCAGCCAAUCAGGGAGCCUGCAUACCAGGAUCGUUGAACCUUUGGCCAGCCAAUCAGGACUCACAGACGGGCUGAGAUGACAUGACGUGCCCGCCCUCCACCCUGACAUUACUCGUUCACAACUUGAUUGACAUCGGUCUGAGCUAAUCAGAGAGUGAAGGGAGGUUCACCGAGGCUGUUAUACAAUUCAUCAUUUUUUCAGAAAAUGUCAAACCUGCAAACUGAUUCUGUCCAUUCGCUCGUAGUGGCUGACCACAUUAUAGCACUGAGUAUAUAUCAGUAUGAUUUCUCUAUGUGUUAGCUCAUGCAAGGGUCUGUUGUCAACAGAGAGACUAAGGUGUGUUGUCUGAUUGUAUAGAUAUAACAAGAAUGUGAUUUCAUUCAUAUUACACAGCCUGUGACGUGCACACAACAGGGUAUAGUCACACUGAAUAAAGAGGCGGCUGGAUUAUAUGAGCGCAGAGGGAUGAAGGGCCAGAUUAUGCAUGGACAGCUUUGCUCAUGAGCGUAUGAGUGCAGCCUGCUGUGGCCCAGCACACAGCUGCAGCACCAUGAGUCCGGCGCCGGAGACUGCGGUGGUUCUGGCUUCGCUCGUGGCAGGCGGUGAAACUUGAUUUCACCAAAAAAAGCCAGUAUUUAGAGAGUCAUGGGGAAAAGAGAUCAGUAUUAAACAAAGUGACGUGUAAAUUUAAAUAUGUUGAUGGGAGGAUGUGGAUUUUGUCAUGACGACUAGAUAAGCUAUGUGUGUUAAUAUGUAACUUCACAACUGUUUCUUUUCUGUCAUUGCUGUGACUGUCAGAUCAGAGUAAGACAGUGUCUCACUUGUCCAUCCUGCUCCUCUCCUGCCUUUAUUGGAUUAUAACAUUAACAGCGUGCGUGUGUGUGUGUGUGUGCGUGCGUGCGUGUGUGUGUGUGUGUUACAGUACAGCAUACUGUACUGUAUAUGCAUCUCCCCCGCCCUGUCUGCUCAUGUCUGCCGAUCUCUCCUCUCCUGCUUCUCUUGCCUUCUGACGUUUAUUCAAAUUAAUAUAAUCAUAACCUACAUUUUCUAAACACCUAUUCAUUAAAGCACUUUCCCUUUCGAUGGAACGGUUGACCGAUGGGAUGCGUAAGAAUAAAAAACAAGUUAUAAUAAACAGAUGAAUAGUACUAAUGCUGUAAUGCUAAUGAUAAUAAAUGUUGCAGCUGAGGACAAGCAGCUCCAUAAAGCGAGCACAAACCAGACAGUGAGGAGGAACAACAGGCAGGAAACCACUAUAAACCUCUGAUAAACGCUGUCUGAUCCUCAGCACUGUCACUUUCUGGGAGUUUCUCUGGCUUUUUACAGUUGGAAGCUGUGUGUGUGUGUGUGUGUGUGUGUGUGUGUGUGUGUGUGUGUGUGUGUGUGUGUGUGUGUGUGUGUGUGUGUGUGUGUGUGUGUGUGUGUGUGUCUCGCUCUCUGUCUUCGGACGACAGGAUAACCCAGAGGGAGCUCUAAAACCCCAGAGCGAGUGUGAAAAGCCAGUCAGACCUGUGAAAACUGUAAUCUCCACGGCUCCACACGGACAAAAUGCCGCUGUCCGUCCUCGUUGGCCUCUCCACUCUCCCUCCUUUACUCUCACCCCCUCCAUCUCUCACCUCCUCCUUUCUGACUCUCCAGUCUGCUCCUGUGCACACCUUAAUCGGUCCAAUAAAGGUUGUAGGUUCAGAUUUAUCAAA